UGCGUCGACGACCAUGCUGCGCGUGCGGGGUUUGGCGUCCUCCGCAGGCCGGAGAGGCCUUUCCUCUGGUCCCUAGUCUUGUUAUUUUAAACCCUCAGUUUCCUCCCUCCGCGGAAAGCCCUUUUGCUUGCAGAUAAGGAGGAACUAGAGGAGGAGACUAACAACCCUUGAGGGAGGGGCGAAGAUGGAGAAGGGUGCCCAGGCCUCCGACAGUGACAGUGAUGAAACAGUGAUUGAGGGGUCGGUGACGGAGAACGAACCGGAAGAGGAGGAGCUGCCCUGGAGAAGUUUGCUCAUGAAUCGAUACACACCUUCGAAAUCUGAGUUCUUUCUUCAUCCUGGUGUAAAUGGAAUGUGGAAAGGCAUGCCUUCUCCUGAGAUUCACCUUGGGCUCAAACUCAGAAAGGAUUCACAAGAGCAAAAGAAUAAAAAUAAGGUGAUGCCGACUCUUAGUGAGGACCUGGUAUUACAGGAUCCUCAAGAUGAAGCAACACAAAAUCAAGUUCUGUUACAAACUAGAAAAAAAUCCUCAGCAUUCUCUGUGUCAUUUCCUGACCCUGAAGUUUCAUGGAGCCACCAAAAGACUGGAGGUCCUGAAACUGAAAAUUGUGAAAAUGUGCCACACUCAGAAAAGGAACUAAGUGAAAACACAGAUUCCCCUGAAACUAGUCUUCUCUCAGGUACUUCACUUAUGGCAUCUGAGUUGGUUACGCUAAAGGAGAGAUCAUUAGCAGAGCCAGUGAAGACCUUAGCUGUACCAAAUACAUUUUCUGAGCCUGGAAAGAAUGUAACACUGACCAUGACAUCUAAAGAAACCAAAGAUGAAGAAAGCUCUCUUGAAACAUUUGUGUCUGCUUUAGAAAGGUUAAUAGAAUCACCAGAAGGCACCCAAGAAGAAACCCUGCUUGAAAUAAUGAAUGACUUCGAUCCUCAAGAGUUGAUGAACCCAUUGAGCAACUCCUUGAGCUCUCUAUCAGUCCCUUUGAAUGCCUUAUCAGCACCUUAUAGAGAUGUACUAGAAAACACGAAGGAUGAGGCUGCAUUGCCUGCUGAAUUGCUGGCAACCAUCAACACGUUACUAGGUGCCGAUGUAGGACCUGGACCUGUAGGACCCAUCAGUCAAGGACAAGAGAAAAGCAGCAGUGCUAGUGAUGGAAAUGGAUGUUUAGAAGUGCAGUCUACCAUGUCUCAGAUAGAUGAAGACUGCACCCAAAUAGCACAGACUAUAGAAGACCCAAAACCAUUUAGAUUGCAAACAGUGGCUCAUGAAAAUGCCACCUCUUAUGAGCAACUAAAGAGUAAGGGAAAUUCAGAUCCUGUGAAACAGCCCUCUGUCCAGGAACCCCCACAUGUACUAAGAAGGUCAUCAAGACUGGAAAAACUGAAAGCAAGCAGAGCCGUGGCACACACAGAUGUCGUACUGAAGACACCAGAAACGAUUUUACCAAAACCACUUAGUUAUGAGGAUCAAAUAGACAGCAUAUUUGCAACGGAGAGUUCCAGAAUACAGGGCUCUGUUUUAAUGACUGACAGUAAAAGGAAGAAUAUGCAUUCAUCCAGAUUGAAGAGUGAACAGAUCAGGAAAAAUGAACAACUUAAAAUAAAAAAUGGAAAAAGGAAGAUCAAUAAAUUGUGUCUUAGUAGUAUAAACCGGAGAAACAUUUUUGGAGAGAAUUUACUGUAUAAAGCUGCUCUCCAUAAUGAUGUUGAUCUGGUUCGCUGUUGCAUAGAAAAUGGUGGAAAUGUCCAUCAGCCAAGUUAUGCUGGUUGGACAGCACUUCAUGAAGCUAGUCUAGAAGGACAUUAUGAGAUAGUGAGUGAACUGUUAAAGGGUGGAGCAGACGUGGAUGUCAAAGGAAAGUACCAGAUUACUCCCUUACAUGAUGCUGUGAUGAAUGGACAUUAUAAGGUGGCAGAGUUACUUCUUCUAAAUGGAGCUGACCCAUUAUUUACAAGUGACCAUGGAAUAUGUGCUUUGGAUGAGGCCAAGGAUUCCGAUAUGGAGAAACUGCUUAGGAAAUACAUCCCUAAACAUAAAAAAUCAGCGCAAAGGAAGAACACUGACCCAGCAUAUGUAGAAGAUAUAUUCCAGUACAAGAAACCAAAAUUAAGUUCUGAUAAUCACACCAAGUUUAUUUGUGAUGAAAAUUCUAAUAGACAAGAACCAGGACAUGUAGAAAUGAAAGGAAGCAACAAAUUACUUAUAAAUGAAGCAUAUAUAUAUGAACCUUGCCAGAAAAAUUCCAAUACCACAGAAUUUGGCAAGUUCAAGCCUAGGCAAUCAACUGUUAACCAAAUAGACUCUACAGGACUCAGAAGGAACAAUGUCCACAAUGUGAAAGAUAGCAGAACUAAUGUGUCUAAAAAUAAAGGACAAAGAAAUACACAACAUACAAAGACUCAAGGAGAUGAUAGAGACUGCAAUUUAAGUCAGGGAAUAGCUAUUUCUUCUUUCAGGAGAAUGAAUAAAUUAGUUACUCCGCAGCAGCAUACUAUCCAGACCCUUGAUGACCUUCCAAAAGGGUCGUGUGAACUUUCUGCCCCAACUCUAGCAACCUUGAAAAAUGGUGCAGUUAACAAUAGUGAGGCUUGUGUGGUUUCCAAAAAAGCGAAUACCCACAUCCUGGAUUUAUCAGAUAGUCAAGAAAUGCAGUUCUUGGAAUUAGAGUCCAUUGAUCAAACUAAACAUGCUUCCUUCUCUGAACUUUCAUUGUAUAAAGAAAUAAAAUUACCACAUCUAACUGCAGAUCAGCAGCCUCACACUAACCAAGAGUCCCCUGAAAACAGUAGCUCAGAUGAAAAAGGCAAGAACCUUAAUGAAUGGGAAGAUUCUUUCCUCUCCUUCAUAAAAGGAUGCUCUGCUGACAGUGAUAGUGAUUGCCACACCUCUAACAAGUCUGUGCCAUCUCAGAAAGAAUGCGUGGGCCACUGUCCUAAUGAAGAGAGCACAGCAAAUAAAGAAGAAAUUAACGCUCUACAGUGUUUAUCUUCUGAAAACUAUUUUUCACAGGAAAAUGAGCUAACCGCGGGUAGCCUAACUACACAUCCACAAAAAGAAGCUGUUAGUUAUUGUGAUUUGAAUAAUUCAUUAAUUUAUGAACAACAUAUUCCAAAUUAUGAACAGCACAUAUAUGGAAUUUCGUUUGAUCACUCAUAUGCCAGUAAUGAGCACAGUUCUAUGCCUUGUAUAAAACUGCCUUCAACACAGAAAGUUUCACAGUUGACUGGUCAAGUGGAGCUAUUAAAAGCAUUCCAAAAUAAUGGCCACAGAGAGCCAACUCCUUUAGUAAAUCAAGCUGAUACAUAUAAUGUGGAAAAGAAGCAAGACACUGAGAGGAAUUAUACUGUAAAAAGCCCAAACCCAAGUUCUUCAGAUAGUCCUUUACACACAGUUGUUCAUUCUCAAGUAAUAGAAAUAACUAAAGCUGAAAAAAGGAGACAAGACCUUCCAGGGAAUGAGUCUGUGAACAGUACAGAUUUUCAUUCCACUGACGAUGUGAAUAAAGAGUUGGCCAGCUCCUCACAACCUAAUCAAGGAAAAGAGGAGGAAAUUGUUCGCAAACCAGAUGAGGAGUUAACUAAUAAUACCAGUAGAGCUGAAAGAGCUGUAAGAAAUUGCAAGGAGAAAAAGGGAAAUGUGGAUUCAGAAGCUCACAUGCCUUGUGAUUCCCAAGAACACAGAAAAGACCAGAAUCUCAGAAAAAGAAAAAUUUCCUUGAAAACUCCCUACAGCCAAGAAGCGAAGACAGCAGGAAUCAAGAAGAGGAGUGCCGAAGGAGAGAGCCAGCUGCACGUGGCUUCCAGAGGAGGAGAUCUGUCCCUAGUGAAAGUUCUGAUAGAGUCUAGAGCAGAUGUGAAUCUGAAAGAUAAUGCAGGUUGGACACCCCUUCAUGAGGCAUCUAAUGAGGGAUUUACUGAUGUAAUUAUAGAGUUAUUAAAAGCUGGUGCAAAUGUAAACUGUGAAAAUAUAGAUGGAAUGCUGCCUUUACAUGGUGCUUCUGCAGGGAAUCAUUUAAAGGCUGCUGAGAUACUCCUAGAACAUGGAGCAAACCCUAAUCAGAAAGAUCAGAAACAGAGGACUGCUUUGGAGGAGGCAGAUGAUGAGAAAAUGAAAGAACUACUGAAAUCUUACGGUGCUGUGGAGACCAGUAAUGGAGAUGAGAUGGGCUCUGCAGUGACCGUAAAACGUCCUGCUCUCCGACCAAAAAGAUGUAAGCCAUGUACUUGUGACGAUGAAAAAGCAAUUGAUUCUCCUUCGCCCUUCCAUAAAGCGAAGAGAAGUGAAGGCCUUCCUGCGCAUCAGACCAUCAGUGCUAUUCUACAAGAUAUAGAAGAAAAACAAGAAAACUUAUUGCAGUUUGAAAUAAGAAACUCUGAAGAUGCAGAACAGUACAUUGGAAAGAUGUUAGAGAUAAAAGAAGUUAUGGAUAAUAUACUUGCUCAACAGAAGACAGAAAGAGAUGAUCUAGCCAAAAAAUACAGGGUAUCCAUGGAGUCAUUUAAGCACGGGGCCCUGAGAGAACAACUGGCCAACUUGGCCACAAGACAAAAGAGUCUUUUAGUUGUGGCAAAGAAGCAGAAAAAAAUAAGACUGAAAAUUCAAAACUAUAAGAAUGCCAUACCAUUUUCUGGUGUUAGUUUAAGGAAGCUUCCGUGUAGCUCAGACAUCUGUAGUGAGAAGAAGAGCCAAGAGUCUCCUCGUCUGGAAAACUCAGUCCAUCGCCAGGCAGGCCCACUGUCUCCUGUCAGUAGCAACAUGGAAGAAACACAGUUGUCUGUGGACAUCCAGAAGGACAGCCAGGACCGUAGCAUUUGUUUAAAUGCAGAAGCAAUGAAAAGAGGGGAAUUCCCUGGAAGUGAGAUGAGUUCUAAACGGAGCGUCCAGGAUUGUGCCUUGGAUGGGUUAUUGAAACCCAGACACGCAGAUGGCACUGAGAAAAUGGAAUUAUCAUCCCAGCCUGUUGCUUUUAUUCCUCAAGCAGGAAAUUCACAAGCAGAAAAUAGUUUGACAGAAACUGUGGUCAAAGGCUAUGGACUUGAUAGUUCUCCUGCAGUGACUGGCACUAUAAAUAUUUCAGAAGAUAAAAGUGUAUUUUCCCAAAAUGAUGCCUGUCCACCACCUGUUCCUCAGAAUCAGGACCUUUCCUGUUGUAAUCCAAAAAGAAGAAACAAGAAAACAGUUUCCCCACAACCAUCUGGGGGAGCAUCAGAACCUCUGGCUCAUCAAGUGAUUGCUGUCUUAGACACUGAUACUGUGCAGCAGACAAAGCCAUGUCUUAAAAAAACAGCUUCUGUUGUUUCCUAUGCAAACAGCAUUCAGAACUCUCCUUCCUCUGGGUCUGCCCAUCCACAUUCUAUUAAAAAGCCUUCACACCACAGCACAGCUCCUAAAAAGAAAAAUGUGCAGCUGAAAGAUUUGAUAUUACUUGGAAAAAUUAAUCCAGGAAACGACAUUCUGGAAUUCAAAACACAGGAAACUACCCACAAAGCCAGUAUUUUAUUGAGUGGUAAACUUAAGGUAGAAAACGGGCAGAUUUACCAGAACCCAGUUACCUGGCUCAAGGAUCUUCUGGGUGGUGGCAGUUAUGUGACCUGGGAUUAUGCUUGGAGUAAGGUAACAUGUCUUGGAAAGGAGCUUUUCAAGUAUGUUUCUGAAGAAGUGCCUGUUCCUCCAGAACCUUGCAGCACACCUCAGCAACGGCAGCCUUGCCUCACAGCGGGCACUUCCAGAAAGUCAAUGCAAGGCAUCCCUCAUUAUCUACAGAUAAAAGACAUACUUUCCAUCAGCGAUCAAGAGCUUCUACCAUGCCAUGUAAUGGAGCAGUACUGGAAGAUCUAUGUGGAACGUAAGACACUAACAUUCUGAAGAUUUGUUUUCUCUGUAGCUUGUUUAGUGUUGUCCUUAGAAUCGACGGCCGUCCAUCUCCAUCUUGUAUGCUGUGCCUAUCUUAACCUGCAGUCCCAAUUAUUAAUGGAGAUGUGUAUUUACUGUGAUAAGAAAACUGUUGGGUAGGUUUAGUGCUUUUUGCCAGUGAAAUAAAGGCGUUUCUGAACAAA